AUGAAUCGUCUUGUCGGUUUGAUCUUUCUCUCCUUUGUCGCUUCCAUUCUCAUCUUUCUGGCUGUUGGAUACAGAGGUUGGAGCUGCAACGAUGCCAUUCUGGGUCCACUCUGCUACUCAGAUAAUGUUUACUACACUAUUGGAAUUCUUCUUAUCUGCGUAGGCCUUCUGGCUUUCUUCAUGGCCAUUCUAUUUAUCCACUACUUAGUGGAAGGAUUUAAUUGGUCGAUUUACGUCGCAAUGUUUUGCAGUUCGGUAGCUGUUAUUUUGGGCUUGGCCGCUGUAGUGUAUUUCAUCUACAAUAAGGACUAUGCUUGCCCAUACAUAGCUGCACUUGGAGUUGGUAUGGCUGCUGGUCUUUUCACCUUGCUAUCCUUCGAAAAUAGUGAAUAG